GUGGCGGGGCUCGAAAAUGAUCAUUGCUUUCACGGAUCUACCCUCAGAUAUCAGCACCUGUAUAAAAAAAAAAAAAAUGAUCGGAAAAUGGAUUGCAUAUCUAGAAAAAGGACGAUUGCCUUUCUAUUGGGAUAAAAAAUGUAAUCUAUUAGAAGGUUUAAAUUUCUCGUCGGUCUGCAACCAUCUUAAGAAAAUACUUAAGAAACUCGAGAAAUUCGAAUCAGCGGAGAAGUUCUUGGAAAUUUUUCUUACCCCAGAUGAAAUAAGUGAACUUAACAUGGAAAAUAGCAUUACCCAAACUGAUAUCUGGAAAACAGAUAAGAAUUUAACAGAAACGGAAACAGAUAAGGACUCAGACUUGGCAGAUGCAACCGAAAAGCUUUCGAACUUAAAUUUGAAAGGAAACAGUCUACCGGCAAUUGAAACAGGUCCGGUCCUGCGAACAGUAAGCCACAUGCUCUCUUGCAUUACACAGAACAAAGCAGCAAGUAAGAAACUCGCAAAACAACUGGUUGAAGAAGUAAUUAGAAGAAUGAAGGAUGCUGACAACAGAUUCAACGAAUCAUUUAAUAAAGUAGUUCCUUGCGGUAUUUCACACGAUGAUCUUCACGCGGGAGAAUUCAAUGAGUUCGAAUAUAAUAUACUCAUCAAAUUGCCGAAAAAGGUGACUGUACGAAAUAAAGCGGGCCUAAUUCAGAUAAAUGUCAGCGAGUGCAAGGAUGAGACUGUGUUUGGUAGCCUUUUGCAGAAACAUCUGGACAAAAAAGGCUUUCUCCAAGUUACCUUCUUACAAACCUGGUUUCAGAGUCUUUUCAGUAAAAUCAGCAAAAAAGAUGAACCUAUAAUUAUCAAUGGAUUUACUUCAUCUUUUACGAUCCGUAAAACUGAAUCAGGACAUAUACUCGAUACAAAAUGUGAAGAUGACGCUGAAAUGUUUAACUUGAGUAUUAAACUGAUACCAGGUUUCCAAUUCGGCUCGGAAAUCUGUAUCUCAAAAAAGGCAUCACGACACACUAAUUUCGAAUGGUCCGCUAUAGAGGAGCGGAUAUAUUGCUCAGAGGCCAUAGAUAAUACUCUUUUCAUGCCGUUCUAUCCACAACAAGAAAGCAAAAUAAUUAAGGAGAAUAACCAACUGAAAAGCAUUUUCCGCUUUAUAAAUAAAAUGUGCAGUCGAAAGAAGAUUGGUAAUCUAAAUUCCUAUCAUAUGAAAACAGUAUUGCUCUUGGUAAAUGAACGAGAGAAACCACUUUUCUGGCGUCAAUCACAAGAAGAAAUCCUUUCAAAAAUUCUUUCCACCUUGGCCAAGUGUUUUGAACAACGGAAACUACAGAAUUAUUGGCAUCCAGAAGUCAACAUGCUCAAAAAGUUCUCAGUAAAUCAAAUUGAUACAAUGCGUUCUCAAUUGCAGUCGAUAAUAGACCAAUUUGAAAAAGUGCGGGAUUCCACAGACUUGUAUAAUUUGUUUUUAACUGAAACGGAGAAAGAGCAAUGGAUAACGGAAGGAUUAAACAACAUCGAAAGGAACGUUUCCUUCCCCUUAAUAAUUAUAGCCUUGCUGCUUAUUGUAAAAUUAUUGUUCCACAUGUGCUAAGGAUCUUCGGUUAGAUUCUAAGAAUUUUAUUCUUUUGCCAACUGAGGCCAGGAGGUAAUGGAAUGUAGCCAAAUACGAGUAUUUAUUUGCAUAUCUGGCAAACGUAAAUUCGUUUAAAUUUUAUUGGUUUUUUAUACAUUUUAUAAAGACACUAAUUAGGUCAUUAGCUUACGAUAAUUCAUGCUCUUAUUUCUA